GUCCCGCACACCAGGCCCGGCUCCCGAGCCCCUCUGCCCCGGCACUUUCCCCGGGCCCGCGGGAUCGGGCGGCUGGGCCGGAAGCAAGCGGGCAGCGCCGCCCCUGGGCCGGGUAGCGGCCGGGGAGGCGCAGGAUCGGGCCGGACCGCAACCCAGGGGGCUCGUGCCCGGCCCCGCCUCCUCUCAGGGUCGCGAGCCCGGUGUCCUGGCAGGCUCGGCCGGCGCUAGGACCGCAGCGGCAGGGCCCCGAACGCCCCGGCGGCUGGGAAGGGCGGAAGGGCCGCGCGCUACGUGCUGCCGCCGUCGCGCGCCGGAGGUGUGUGGUCUCGGGGCGGGGCAGGUGCCAUGCCUGGUGCCCUGUGCACACGGAGUGAUCACACCGGCUUCCAGGGUAGAAUAAAAACUUCUGCCAGUGACUUCAUUGUGACAGAAAUUGAUACCCUCGGCCGACUGCUUAGUGAGAAUGUAGACAAGACUCUUCCUGGACUCGGUGGUAUGCCUGCAGUCCCAAGCAGCUCCUCCCCACAGAACACCCACAGGUAUUGGCCAAAGCCUCUGGAGCUCCACAGUGAAGAGUGUUACCAGAGGCUAGGCCCAUUUGACAAUCCCAGUCUUGCUCCAGAGGAGAGCUUGUUGCCAGCCAAGGACAGCACAGAGCCUGUGGCUGGUGCUUCAUCCAAAGGUGGGCACCAUGAAGGAGCUACAUUGGAUUCCUUGUUAGACGAAUCUGUGAACGAACUGUUGAAUCAGUUUGCUUGUAACAUAAAAGGUGGGUGGGACUCAGAACAUGACCCAGCUGCUCAUCCUGCCGAGUUCUCACUGGGGCCAGUCCUUGACAAGAGGAAUCGAGCUGAUUUACACAGCGCCAUUAGACAGAAAUUUCCUUUCUUAAUGACUGUUACAAAGAAUAAUGAAAUUAUUGUCAAAGCAAACAGUGAUUACAAACAGCUCUGUCAACUAGUAUCUGAGAAGGAAGCAUUUGAUUUUUUUAAAUUUUUAGAUGCAAAAUUGGAAAACUCUAAAUUUUCUUUUAAGCCUGAUGGGAAUAAAGAGCACAGAAAGGCAGUCCACCAUUUUAUCAGUCAAAAGUUUGGAAAACUUCUAGAAACAAAGUCUUUUUCUGUGACAGACUUCUGUGAUCAGCAUAAUGUAGCAAUAAUAGUAAGGUUUCGAGAGAAGAGUUGGUCCAGGAAAAGGCCAGCUACUGAUUGCCAGGAAAAACAAGAUGUCUAUACAGGUUUUAUCCUUCGAAAAGAAAAUCUGGAAACAUUAGAAGCAAUUAGCUCUUUGUCUACUGAACUUGGUGUGCUUCCUUCAGACUUCAGUUACACAGGCAUCAAAGACAAAAAGGCCAUCACCUACCAAGCUAUGGUUGUGAAAAAAGUGACUCCUGAGAGGUUGAAAGAAAUUGGAAGCACAAUUGUAAAAAAAGGAAUGAAUGUGUAUAAUAUCCAUUCAGUAUGCCAGCACCUCAGACUUGGUCAGCUGAAGGGAAACCACUUUGAUAUAAUUGUGAGAGAUCUAAAACUUCAGAGCAAUGACUCUUCUGCAGAUCUGAAAGAGAGAAUUUUUGAAGCAAUUGAGAAUGUUAAGACAGAAGGUUUUGUAAACUACUAUGGACCUCAGCGAUUUGGGCAAGGACAGACUGUUCAGACAGAUCAAAUUGGACUGGCUUUGUUGAAUGAAGAAAUGGUAAAAGCUGUGAAGUUGUUUUUCACACCAGAAGAUGCAGAUGAUCCUGUAAAUCAGGCAAAGAGAUAUUUUCUUCAAACUGAGGAUGCAAAGGGAACUCUGGGAAUGUUGCCCGAAUUUAAAGUGAGAGAGAAGAUGUUGCUUCGUGCCUUGAAUCGCUAUGGUAUAAACCAAGAGGGCUGUACUCGAGGAUGGCUCAGCAUUCCUCAUUCCAUGCGUGUAUUCUAUGUUCAUGCAUAUUGCAGUAAAAUUUGGAAUGAAGCUGCUUCUUUUAGGUUUAUAACCUAUGGUUCAAAAGUAGUGGAGGGUGAUCUGGUGCUCGCUGGAGAAAAUGUUGAUGAAAAUUCUUCUGUGAAUGACAGAGUUCACUUAGUAACUGCUCUGGAAGAGUCAGCUAACAAAUAUGCCCUAAGCCAAGUGGUUCUUCCAAUGGUUGGACACAGUAUCAAGUAUCCCAAUAAUGAAGUUGGUCAAUGGUACCAGGAAAGGCUUGCCAAGGAUGGACUGCAGACAUGUAGGUUCAGGGUCCCUGUGUUACAGUUGAACACACCUGGAUGCUACAGAAACAUUUUGAAAUAUAUCCACAAUCUGUCCUAUCAUUUCUUAGAAGACGGUGUAAAGGGAAUCAAAACGGAAGAAGACAGUCAUCUAAAUGAAUCAAAAGCAUCUCUUCUUUUGUCAUUUGACCUUGAUCCUUCAUGUUAUGCAACUGUUUGUCUGAGAGAAAUAAUGAAAUGUGACCUCUAGAAUGUUCACUGUUUAAAAAAAAAAAAAAAAAAAAAAAAAAAGUUACAGGAGUAAUAUAAUAAAUGGAGAUAUUUUACAUAUGUUGUCUGUAAAAUAGGGAAAGCUAAUCUUGUUCAUCAUGUGUAGUGUACAAUUGAAAGUCAGGAAGUUCAGAGAGAAUUAAUGAGUAACUUGGGGUUUUAUUACUUUGUUUUUUAAAAUUAAAUUUAUAGUCCUGACUACAUUGGAGCCAAACAAUACUAAACUAUAUAUAAUGUCAUAAUUAUUGAGGGGAGCUAAAAGUCACAAGUCUGGCUUUUAACCAGUGAUAUUUGCACAAUCUUUACGCCACAUAAUGAAAGCUGGAUUCAGGAAGAAGGGGAAUUUGGUGAAUGAACUAUCCCAAAAGGUUGAGUUGCAUAUGUUAGUCUGUAGAUGGCACUGUGUCUUUAAAACAACUAGUGGACGAGAUCUAUUUUGGCCAUUUUUUUUGAGAGAGAAUGGAUAUGUAAAUUACAAAAUGCUUCAAUUUUCUCACACUGCUUGGUUCAGAAUAGUUUUCAGGAUCAUCAGUUUUUACUGGCAUCAACACAACAAAUGAAAUUUUAAAUGUGGAAAAUGUGUGUUAAUAGCUGCUACUUGAUUUGAAGGGACACACAAAAGGUUCGAUUAAAAGAUUUUUCAAAGAAAGGCCUACCAUUUUAAGAAUGUUCAGAAGAUGGUGUUAAUUGAGUUAAUCUAUAGUAAUUUUAGGCUCAUUUGUCAGUAUUACUUCUGAGCAUUGGAAGGACUAAUCUUCUUAAGCAAACCAUUCUUUCAGCAGCUCUGAGUGGAAAGAGCUAAUUUACUGAUGUCCAUGGAUAUAAUUCCUACAAUAGAAGCAUUCUACUUGGAAAAAGUCAAGGUAGUCAUUAAAUUGUUUCUAUAUAUGAUGAUCUUCUGCCUGCUUAGUUUAGUUUAUAUUUAAAAAGUCAUAUUUCAGUAAAAAUACUCAAAAGGUUUGUUCAUACAUCUAGCCUUCAGGUCAGUUCUGUAACCCUUACUUAUGUAAAAACUGUUGACUUUAAUGAAAGCUUUGCCUGAGAAAGGAACAUGGUACUAGACUCUUAAAGCCAUUCUGCAUAGGCACAAGAGCUAUAGCAGGCCAAUAAAAAAGAUAAUCACUGUGCACAGAUUUGAUUUUAAGACGGAAAGAUCAAAGAGCUGAUCAACCCUCAACUUUAUUCAUCGUGUUUCUAUUGGUAUUCACUCUUCCUUUUAGGCAUUUUGCUAAUACUAGUGAAGGCAGGGCUCUGAAUUUUUUUUCCUAACAAAAGCGAUUUUAAUCUUAGUGACAUGUUCAUUUUUUUGGUCAUUGAUGAUAAAUGUGCUUUUUUCCUGGGGAAAAUUUAAAAUUUCUUUUUAUGUGCAAUAGUUAAUGUUAUUGACUCAGACUGGACAAAUAUCUUAUUUAAUCAGAAUGUGCUGAGUUUUCCGAAUGGAAUGUAUUUAUAUUACGUUCACAUGACAAAAAGCUUCUUCA